AUGAGGGCGCUUCUACUUCAAAUUCUCUGCAUCACACUCUCUGAGGUUGUGCUUUCUGCCGCUGACUCUUCCCAGCUUGGCGAGGAUAUUCUGAAAAAGCUGUCCACGGCAGGAGAGCAGUAUGUCGAUGAGGAAAUAAAGCAGGCUUUACUCGGGGUGAAGCAGGUGAAGGAAAUGAUGGAGAAAAAAGAGGAGAAGCACAGACACCUGAUGGAUGCCCUGACACACAGCAGCGACAAGAAGAAGGGGGCGAUGCAGCUGGCUCGGGAAACAGAGCAGAAACUGGAGGAGGCUGAACAACAGUGUCAAGAUUUAACAAAGUCAUCCUUUCAGGAAUGUCGGCCUUGUCUUGAAGAUACUUGUAAGGCCUUCUAUACCUCCACAUGUCGGCGUGGCUUUGCUUCUUUCUCAUUCAAGGUGGAGGAGUUUUUCAGGAAAAUGGCCACCCAGUUGGACGCUGCUGAGCAUGUCUCCAAUCAAAACGAGGAGAACAGAAGUCAGACUGACUCACCUCAGAACAGGAUUGAAGAGGACAAAGCUGAUCUGGAGCUGCUGCAGGCAGAGGCAACGUUCAGCCAACUGCUGUCAAACAUCAGCCUCCUGUACAACCAAAGCAUCAUUCUGGUCAAGAAGAUGCAGCAAGUGUUCGGUCCAUCCUUCCUCGCAGCCUUCACCACAGAGCUGCGGCCUAGUGAGGGCGGCUCGACUGCAGGCUUCCUCGGGACCACCGGUCUGGAUCACAUCCUUGAUUCAGUGUAUGACUUUGGAAGGAAUAUGCUGGAAGAAUUCAGCUACACGGUGGCUGAUGUGUUUGAGGAGAUAGAAGAAGCUGAGGAAUAUUUUCAGCAGGCAAACAGAGAUACAGGAUCACUCUUUGCUUUGGAACAAUCCCAGAGCAGAUAUAUGUGCAGACGACUCCGCAGACAAGCAUCAGAGUGCUGGCAGCUCCAAGACUUGUGUGAGACAUGCAAGGAUUAUCUGGUUAAAGAGUGUCCCAGCGUCCAGCAGUUGCACUCUCAGAUGGAGGAGAUGCACAUGUUGCUCAACGCCUCCCGUCAGCAGUACAACGACAGGCUGAGGCUGGUUUGGAGACACACAGCGGACACACAGAGGUGGCUCAGCAACAUGGACGACAAGUACGGCUGGGUCAGCCAGCUGUCCAACAGAACAGUCGGCCCACAAAACAUCUUCAACGUCAUCACUGUAUUAAUCCAGCAAAUCAACAGAUGGAGGAAUAUCAGACCUAAACCAGACAGCACGGUGGUUAUGACCAUACUGGACUCUGCCCCAAUAACUGUUGUGGUCCCAGCAGAUCUGGAGGUGGAUGACCCUGCUUUCAUCCAACACGCAGCUCAGGAGGCUCUGACACUCCAUAAACAGCACAUAAGAGGUACUGAUCCAGGCAGUGCUAGUGCGGCUUAGUAAAUGAUUUGGCUCCCAGCAUCACCUGGCAGAGCUCCAAACUGAAUUUGAGCAAAAUUAAUUGUGAUCAUUUGAAACUGCCAACUUUACACCACGACAAAUCCCUGUGCAUUUCUUCAAAUGAAAUCAUAUUCAAGGAGAUGCAAUGCAAAUGAGAUUAGAUGUGCAAAGCCAAGAUGAAGAGGUAACUAAGAAACAAUCAUAAAUUUCUAACUUCAUUGACUUUGUAUCAAAAGAUUAAAUGGAUCCAUAUGUAGCAUUAGUACCUGUAACCAUGGGGAUAUU